CCUCGCUGCUGUUCGCUGGCCGAGUCGUCGUUCCGCCGCCCCAUCUUCCCAAAUGACGUCGGUGUCGACCUUCCGUGCUAUCUCGAGCAAAAUCCGCCUGUUCAACCUCUCUCCGGCCACGAAUUCGCAGCACAAAGAAAAACGCCUCGGUCGCGGUCAAGGUUCAGGUCGUGGUGGCACCUCAGGACGAGGCCACAAGGGCCAGAAGGCGAGGUCUGGCAAUGGAAAGCCCAAGCCUGGCUUCGAGGGUGGUCAGACACCGAUAAUCAAGCUGAUCCCGAAGAAGGGUUUCGUCAAUGCGAAUGCCAAGGUGUACGCCCCUGUGAACUUGGACAGAAUACAACACUGGAUAGAUCAAGGUCGUCUGACCUCGUCCCCGGAGAACCCUAUCACAGCUCGGGAACUGCUGCUUAGCGGCUGCGUACACGGUGUGCACGAUGGGAUCAAGCUUUUGGGCGACGGUGCUGAACAUCUGAAAACCCCAAUUCACAUCACACCCUCCAGAGCUUCGAAGUCUGCCAUCCGUGCGGUUGAGAAGCUGGGUGGCACAGUCUUCUGCAAGUACUACAACCCGCUUGCCCUUCAGGACUGCGUCAAGGGGCGCACAGAUCGUACAGAGGCUGCACCCGUCAGGCAGACCGACAUCGUUUGGUACACGCAAUGGAAGAACAGGGGUUAUCUCUCGCUACAAGCUAUCGAAAAAAUGCCUGUUGUUGAGGAGCGAUGGAAGGAACUGUCAAAACAACUUCGCACAUACAGAGAGCAAGGUUACGAGAAGGCCAAGAAGUAGAUACAGUCUUAGAUGCUCGCCAUGUCUCUACUAUACCAUUCUCUCCUCUAUUCUAGCCAGGGCCUGUCUCCAUGCGGUCUGGCGAGAUGCUCCUGCUGCGAGGGCGAAAAGGUUCCGAGUUUCCGUUCAGCCUGUCCGGAGAUAUGCUGCGGCUGCGUGAACGAUAGGAUGGUGAACCGCUCCGUGAUCGUGAUGGACUCCGAGAAACGUAUCGAGAGCCCGCUUCUGAGGGUGAUCUGCUUCUGCUCUUGCCUGAAUCCGCAGUCCGAGACCUGCUCCGUGACCCGCUCGGUGACCUGCUUCUGCGUCUACUCGAACUCUUGCCAGAGCCUCUGCUGGGGCUGCGACUUCGUUCGCUUCCGGCUUCGUUCUUGCCUUCCAUAGCAUCCAAGAGUCGACUUUUUCUUGGGCCUAUAUCUCCGUUGUCUUCGAGGACCUCACGUUUCGUGAGUCGGGGCAGAAUAAUGUCACAGACGCGUUCUCCACAUAGCAGCGAGUCCACGAAUUCGUCCAUGUACGUUAGGUGAUACCCCCCUUGAUUCCUAUACCGUAGCUUUCGAAAGUCCUUCAUCAGCGGCUCCAAGAUUUCGUAUACCUCCGCGGCUGGGAACGUCAUGCGUACGUACAUCACGGCUAACGCUCGUAAGUACUUGAAUUCAUCUGCCUGUAGAUAUUCGAGUAGGAUCUCUUUCUCCGGCUGGAUUUGCAACAGCUUGAGUAGCAGAGACAAGAACUCUGUCGGCUUGUUAUUCCCGUACACUCCUCCAAUUGCCUUCAGCUCGAUGGCCUUGUCAAUAAGAUUCUCAGCUGUGAGCGCGAAGCAGUGUUCCUUCCAGUAUGGCGACUCAUAAAUACGAUUUCUAAUAACGGUUUCGACAAGAAACUGCGGAUUCUGGCCAUGGAUGGCGAGUGCGCC